AUGAAGCCGGAUUCGGCUGGCUCCGGCCCUCCGAGCCGUCUAGAUCUGAACAAAUUUAGGGAGGAAGCAGCUCGGAGAAGGAAAGAGCAACGGGAGAAGUACGAGAAGGAACUUGAAGAAAUCGCCAGCAUGGGAGGAGUGAGUAAACAAGGUAUGAUCCUUUUAAUUUAUUUUUCUGAUUUUUAGGGGGUUAAUUUUUAACUUGCUAAAGUAUUAUAGGGCUCUACCCUCCAGGGUAGAUCUAAAUUCCUUUUUACCACACCGAAAUAUGUUUAUGAUACGGUAUGCUCGUUUGUUUACUCGAUUAGUGGUCGUUCUGACGCAGAAACCCAGUUGCUAAGGGAUUCCGAAUAUUAGAUUCUACCAGAUUUACCAAGUGCAAGAUGGCACUGGACGCUGUUGUAUUAUUUAUGAGGCAUUCUUAGUUAAAAUUUUGAAAUUGGGGCUAGGAACGGACGUUCGCGAGGAUGUUGUGGUCCGGCACCUUCAUUUUGUAAGAUCCUUCCUCUUCGGAUGCGUCGUUCCUUUUGACUACUACAAUAUAAUAAGUUCUUUGCUUUCAGAUCUUCUCAACUCGAUAAGCAAGAGCCUCAACGGUUCCGAAUUGGUUAUAUCCUUCUCCAACUCAUAUUCCGAGGGGAACCAGCCCAAUUCUUCGGCCCACGGAUCAUCUUCCGGGUCAUCUAAAUCAAAUUUUUCGAAACCAUCAGAAGUUCGAAGUGCAACAGGUCGAGAUCCUCCAUUCAUGGCUCCGACGAUAGGUGAAGGUCCGUUAAGGCCAUCGGUGCCAAUGGAAAUAUCGCCUAUCAAUCCAGUUCCCCCGGUGAAAAGAAGUGCGUUGAGGGAUGUGACCUCCGAAAAGAAGGCACCUAAAGGUAAGAUGACGGGCAGGAUUAAUGUUUUAGAACUGUCGGCCUUUUGGGUCAUUUGGAGAUAAUCCACACUUUGCUAUGUACCAAACUUUAUAUUGUGCAUGGCAAAAAAAUUUAUAUUAACCUUGAUCUUUUAGCUGAAGAGCCCGUUAAAAAGCCUAUUUUGAUGGCCACUCCGCUCACUCGGAAGACCCCAUCCCCCAAACCAGCAUCUCCCCCCAAGUCUCCAUCUAAAUCAACAAAAAGUUUGAUCAGAAUAAAAGAUCGAACUUAUAUGUUGCAAAAAGUUGUUGGAAAGGGAGGAAGUUGCCAGGUCUAUCAAGCAGUUGAUGCGUCAAACGAAGAUAUGAAAGUGGCUGUGAAGAUUGUGGACUUGAGUAAUUGCAAUGACCGAAUGAAACGAAUUUAUAUGAACGAAGUGAAGAUCCUGGAAGAGUUGCAAGGGAACGAUUACGUCGUCAAAUUGAUCGCUUUGUAAGUCAUUUAUAUCGUUUGUUAUAAAUUUAGGAGCUUUCGACCAUUUGGAUGUCCAGUGUAAUAUAAUUGAACCUGAUUUUUUUAGUGAAGUCAAGAAUUCCAAAUUAUACGUGGUAAUGGAGCUGGGUGAGCGAAGUUUGGCCGCAUUCAUCGAAGAGGUGAAGAAUAACAAAAGGGAGAUCGAUCAACAUUUCCUCAGAUAUCAUUGGGCCGAAAUGUUGAGAUGUGUAAAUACAAUUCAUCAGAAAAGUAGGCAUCGAGUAUCACGAAUAAGUUCCUUUAGAUAUCAUCCACUCGGAUUUGAAGCCAGCCAAUUUUCUGCUGGUCAACGGACGUCUAAAGUUGAUUGAUUUUGGAAUUGCGGCCAAGAUCAACGACCGGGAAGAGAGUAUAAUCCAGGAAGGAGGAAUGGGCACCCCCAAUUUUAUGAGCCCCGAGGCGGUUGGGUUCCGAUUUGAUAAUCGAGCGGCAUUCGAGGUGGGUGAUUUUUUUUAAAUAUUAUUCUUGGUUUAGAUCACGCUCAAAACGGAUGUUUGGUCACUGGGGUGCAUGUUGUACGCGUUGAUUUAUGGAACAACCCCGUUCAAUCAUCUGAAAGGAAACUCGAUGAAGAUUCAUGCAAUUAAGAGCAUGGUGAUCAAAUUUGAUAAAGUUGAUGACCCGCAGCUAUUGGAUACGUUGAAGGUGAGAGGGAUUACUUAAAAUAAUUUUUGGGCCUAUAAUUUGAGAAAUCAGCGGUUUUUGUACCAAUUAGACUUCGGAGUAUAUUAAGUUAGAGGUUUCUCGACCUUUUGAUGAAUAUUUUAUAUUGCACCACUUUCAGAAGUGCUUCGAAAGAGACCCGGCCAAGCGCCCGACAGUCCAAGAGCUCCUUCAACACCCAUAUCUCACUUCAAGGUCGUCAAAAGAGAAUCAAAUGGAUGUUACACUAGCUGACACGGAUUUCCUCACAAUCGCUGAGCAAAUCCAAAAUUCCACUCCCAAAACUGCUGCCAGAACAAUGAAAGCGAUUUACAAAGACUUGAAACAUAAGAAUAAUCAGUAA